AUGGUGGUUUACACGGCUUCUACUACAGCUCCAGUUAACAUUGCAACCCUAAAAUACUGGGGGAAAAGAGACAAGGAUUUGAACUUGCCUACAAAUUCUUCAAUAUCUGUCACUUUAUCUCAAGAUGAUUUACGUACUUUAACCUCUGUUGCCACUUCUGAAGAGUUCAAACAAGAUAAACUAUGGCUAAAUGGUAAAGAAGAAUCUUUAAACUCUGAAAGAACUCAAAAUUGUUUAAAAGAUUUAAGAAGUUUACGUCAAGAAUUGGAACAAUCAGAUUCAUCCUUACCUAAAAUAUCUAGUUGGGGGUUACAUAUCGUGUCUGAAAAUAAUUUCCCAACUGCUGCUGGGUUAGCUUCUUCAGCUGCUGGAUUUUCAGCUUUAGUUGUUGCAAUUGCUAAAUUAUAUAAAUUACCACAAUCAACUUCAGAAAUUUCCAAAAUUGCAAGAAAAGGUUCAGGUUCUGCAUGUAGAUCAUUGUUUGGUGGAUAUGUUGCUUGGGAAAUGGGUGAUGCACAAGACGGUUCAGACUCAAAAGCUGUUGAAGUUGCUCCUUUAUCCCAUUGGUCAAAUUUAAAAGCUGCAAUCUUGGUUGUUAGUGCUGAUAAAAAAGAUACUCCAUCAACAAGUGGUAUGCAAACAACUGUUAAAACUUCAGAUUUGUUUCAAUGGAGAAUCAAAGAAGUUGUUCCAAAAAGAUUUGAAGAAAUGAAAAAAUCAAUAAUUGACAAGAAUUUCCCAGUUUUCGCAGAAUUAACAAUGAAGGAUUCAAAUUCUUUCCAUUCAACUUGUCUAGAUUCUUAUCCUCCAAUUUUUUAUCUAAAUGAUACAUCUAAAAAAAUCAUUAAAUUAGUUCAUUCAAUUAAUGAAUUUUAUGGUGAAACUAUUGCAGCUUAUACUUUUGAUGCAGGUCCAAAUGCUGUUAUUUAUUAUGAAGAUUUCAAUGAAUCUAAGAUCCUAAGUUUCUUGUAUCAAUUAUUUGAUAAAGUUGAAGGUUGGUCUAAAAAAUUUUCUCAAGAUGAAUUGAAUAAAUUUUCAUCUGAAUUCAAUUCAAAUAGUUCCAAGAUUCAAUUUCAAUUAGAUGAUGAAUUAUAUAAAGGUGUUUCAAGAAUCAUUUUAACUAAAGUUGGUGAUGGUCCUCAAGAUACCAAUGAAUCAUUAGUUGGUGCUGAUGGGUUUCCAAAAGCCUAA